AUGAUUGACUUCCAACAAAAAAUUUUAAACUCUAUCAAGUGUUUCAGAAGACAAUGGCCUUUAUUUUCAAACUCUGAAAGGACUACUCUAUGUGGAGCAGACUGCAUGCUGAUGGCAUUACAACUGUCAAUGGCUGAAGUCAAUAAACAGCACCAUGGAGAUUUCACAGUAUCACUUAGUGAUGUGUUGGAAACUUGGAAAUAUUUGUUACAUGACAAACUGGGAUUAUCGUAUGAAAACAUGAAAGAACCUGCAAAUUAUGCUGACCUAAAAAAAGCCUAUCAUGCCUUCUUAGCAAGAAGCAAUAUGUUAGAUCUAAUAGACAUAUGUCAGAAAUGCUAUGGUCUUGGACUUGUAUCUGACGAUGAGAACAUAGCCCCAGUACAACUGUUGGAAUUCAUUUCUGGCAUAGUAAAUGUACAAGAAAAUAAUGGUUCUGUUCUUUCUACUCCUUCUACACAAGUCAACAGACAGGGCCAGGAGAAUAUGAAGGUGACAAUCCUGGCGAAGAAGUGUGUGUGUUCAUAUUUAAGGCUGUUGGUGAAUUCUAAGGAUGAUCUGGCACUGGCUCAUAUUCUAAAUGUUCCUGACAGAGGACUUGGUAGAGAAGCCUUCACUAACCUAAAACAUGCUUCACAGAAGGGAGGAAUGUCCAUUUUCCUGAUGGCAACAUCUUUUAUCCGAACUGUAGAACUUGGAGGAAGAGGCUGUGCAUCUUCAUUACUUGAUCCUUUAAGAAUCCAUGUAAAGGGGCUUUCAGACUUUGUUAAUUUUAUUGACAAGCUGCAAGAAAUUGUUGGUGAAAUCUUGAAUCCAAGAAUUGCAGGGGGGCGAAUUCUGUCAACAGUGAAGAUGCAUUUGAUAAAAGGCCUAAGCAGUGGGGAUCCUUUCUGUCAGGCAGUAGAGGAAGCUGUACAAGAUUUGGAUUUGAAGAUUAAAAAUAUUAUCGAUUCUCAACAUGAAGUCUUGACUGCCAGCACUACUGGAGUCAGUCCAGCACGGCCAAAAUUGCAUUCCAUAAAUCAUGGUACUGUGUAUUGUGGCAGAGAGACUGUAAAGGUCUUACUAGUUCUUCUGGAUGAAGAAGCUGUCAAUCCUCCUACCCAGAACAAAGUGGAGCUAUUAUAUGAUGAUGAAAGCUUAAAUUUGUUUGGAAUCACCUCUGUUUUGACACUCUUCAGAUCUCCAGCACAAUCCAAAGGUUCUUCUCCAAAACCCCUUAGACAACGAAUUCAGAAAAAUAUGGAUGAAAAAAUAAUUAAGGGGAAACAAUCUUCAAUCAAAUCUCAGUUUGCAUGUACAUAUAAAAAGGAGCUGGGUGAAAUAAAGGAUCAGCGUUUCCUCAGCAGUAACCAAAUUCCAAUCUGCAUACAUCCUGCACCAAAGCAACAUUUAAAAGCUGGAUAUCUCACAGAAGGUAUGAAUUCAUGUCUAGAUGUACCAGUGCUUGGAACUAUUUCUGAAAAUGUUCACCAGACUAGAAGUUAUACAGAAAUGGGAAAGCUGAGUUGUCAGCCAAGAAACAAGAAUUCCAGGAAUGAACAGAUGGAUUUGAAUAAUGACAAAGUAAUCUGUGAUAAGGAAAGUGAACCAUCUUUGCAAAAAAAUGCUAAAAGACCUAAAACUUCAAACAACCCUCAUAAGGUAUCGGACAGGAAAAUCAGUGGAAAAGGAAAACACAGCAAAACUGCAAGCAAGAAUAAGUUGAUUGCUGGUCAGGCAAAAUUAACUCAAUUUUUUCAACUAUAAAUUUUCAUUUUGACAUAUAUGUAU